CGCAGAGAGCGGGUCGAUGCGUCCAAAAUGGCGGAGCGGGGCGGGCGAGGCGGUGGUAGGAACAGCGGCGGCGUCAGCGGCAGCCUGGACAAGAGCAUCACCCUCCCGCCGGACGAGAUCUUCCGCAACCUGGAGAACGCCAAGCGCUUCGCCAUCGACAUCGGUGGGUCACUGGCCAAAUUGGCUUAUUAUUCAACAGUGCAACAUAAAGUGGCAAGAGUACGAUCUUUUGAUCAGUCAGGAAAGGACGUAGAACACGAAUCGCCCUACGAAAUCACGGUGCAAGAGGAGAUAACGGCUCGGCUGCAUUUCAUUAAGUUUGAGAACGCCUAUAUUGAAACCUGCCUGGACUUCAUCAAAGACCAUCUCGUCAAUACGGAAACGAAAGUGAUCAAAGCCACAGGAGGUGGUGCGUACAAAUUCAAAGACCUUAUUGAGAAGAAGCUGGGACUAAAGUUAGAUAAAGAAGAUGUCAUGACCUGCCUAAUUAAAGGGUGCAACUUUGUGCUAAAGAACAUCCCCCACGAGGCAUUUGCAUACAUGAAGGAUGCAGACCCAGAGUUCCGAUUUCAGAUGAACCACCCACAUAUCUUCCCUUAUUUGCUAGUCAAUAUCGGCUCGGGAGUUUCCAUAGUGAAGGUGGAAACGGAAGAUAAAUUUGAGUGGAUUGGAGGGAGCUCAAUUGGAGGGGGCACAUUCUGGGGUCUCGGAGCAUUGCUUACACAAACAAAGAAAUUUGAUGAGUUGCUGCAGCUCGCUUCGAAGGGACGGCACACAAACGUCGAUAUGCUUGUGAAGGAUGUUUAUGGUGGAGCCUACCAGACGCUGGGGCUAAGUGGAAACCUGAUCGCCAGUAGUUUCGGGAAAUCUGCCACAGCAGACAAAGAAUUUUCCAAAGAAGACAUGGCAAAAAGCUUGCUGCAUAUGAUUAGCAACGAUAUUGGGCAGCUGGCUUGCCUCUACGCCAAACUCCACAACCUGAACAAAAUUUAUUUUGGAGGCUUUUUUAUUCGAGGCCAUCCAGUCACCAUGCGCACAAUUACUUACAGUAUUAAUUUCUUCUCCAAGGGAGAGGUUCAGGCCUUGUUCCUGAGGCAUGAAGGAUACCUGGGAGCCAUCGGGGCGUUUCUGAAGGGAGCCGAGCAAGACAAUCCUAAUCAGUACAGCUGGGGGGAAAACUACGCUGGCAGUUCUGGGCUCAUGAGCACGUCGCCAGACAUCUGCCCCAUGCAACGAGAAAGGAGCGGCACGUUUGACAUGUUGGAAAUGGAUCGUUUGGAACGACCGCUCGUCAAUCUUCCCUUGCUGAAGGAUCCAUCCACUUACAUCCCGGACACGGUUGACCUCACCGACGAUGCCAUGGCUAGGAAGUACUGGCUCUCAUGCUUCGAGGAGGCCUUGGACGGGGUCGCGAAGCGAGCUGCAGCCAGCCAGCCAGAGUCUGUUGAUGCAGCUGAGCGAGCCGAGAAGUUCCGGCAGAAGUACUGGGACAAACUUCAGACGCUCCGGCAGCAGCCUUUUGCCUACGGCACCUUAACUGUUAGAAGUCUGCUGGAUACAAGGGAGCACUGUUUGAAUGAGUUCAACUUCCCAGAUCCCUACUCCAAGGUAAAACAGAAAGAAAACGGCAUCGCCCUAAAGUGUUACCAGAGUGUUAUUGACUCUUUGGAUUCAUUAGGCUGGGAGGAGCGGCAGUUCGCUCUGGUGAAAGGACUUCUUGCGGGGAACGUCUUUGACUGGGGGGCAAAAGCAGUCUCAGACGUUCUUGAAACGGAGCCGCAGUUUGGAUUCGAGGAAGCCAAGGAGAAACUGCAAGAACGCCCCUGGCUCGAAGAUUCCUACAAUGAAUGGCUGGCACGACUCAAGGCCUCCCCUCAUAAAUGUGCCUUAAUUUUUGCAGAUAACAGUGGAAUAGACAUCAUAUUAGGCGUCUUCCCCUUUGUCAGGGAGCUGCUCUCUAGGGGAACAGAGGUUAUAUUGGCUUGCAAUUCUGGGCCUGCGCUAAAUGAUGUCACCUACAGCGAGUCCCUGCUUGUUACAGAGAGGAUAGCAGCUACAGAUCCUGUCAUACGAGCUGCCUUGAAGGAAGAGAAAUUGCUCUUGGUACAGACAGGCUCAAGUUCACCCUGCUUGGACCUCAGCCGUCUAGACAAAGGUUUGGCCAACCUGAUCCGGGAGCGGAAGACCGACCUGGUCAUCAUCGAAGGAAUGGGCCGCGCCAUCCACACCAACUACUAUGCAGCCCUCAAAUGCGAGAGCCUCAAGCUUGCCGUCAUCAAAAACUCUUGGCUGGCCGAUCGCCUCGGCGGGAAGAUCUUCAGCGUCAUUUUCAAGUAUGAGGUGCCCCUCAAAUGAUCGGGCGAGGAGAGACUCCAGGGGGUGAGCGGCGGCGGGAAACAGGACUUGCACUAGUUUUACUUUAAUUGUAAAGAAUGUAUUUUUAUUACCACAGGGAAGAUGAGUUCACACAAUUCCGUAUUUAUAUUGUGCUUUUAUGAUUUAAGGAAAGCGACA